AUGGCGGACCUGCCCAUCGACUUCGAGUCCGGGUACCACGUCGGCUAUUCAUUUGUGAAUUUAAUUGCCUCAGAGGAUGCCGUUCGAUUCAUGGAGGUCUUCUCUGGGUUCAACGACUGGAAACCGAGACGUGACCACAGGAUUUGUGCUGUUGGCUGGGCCGCGAUACAGGGGUUCCUCGCGAACGUCGAGCGGUUCGAGACCAAGCAGUUAACGAUGGACGGUCUUCCCGAGGAGUACAAGCCUGUGCUGUUCAGGGACGGCGAGCAGAUCUCCUUCGAGCGCUUCUCCUCGACAAAAAGGUAUUAA